GCAGCUUAGACUGUAGAGGGGAAGUCAUCUAUAUAAUUAUCAUUACCGUUCAGUUGAAAAGAAGCAGAAGCAGAACCACAGGCAUCCAUCCAUGCCUAUACCUUCGCACUGAAGAAGAUAAGGAACCGCUACGAACUCUGCUCUUCUCAAUUCCAAACACAUCAAUGGCGUCGCCGUCGCCGUCGCCCGACUAUGGAGCCUUCACCGAACGAUUUACUCUUCACCCGCCCCAUCCUUCGACCGGCCUCACCUUCGCGGUUAAGGACAUAUUCGACAUGGAAGGGUAUGUGACUGGUUUCGGGAAUCCUGACUGGGCCAAUACCCACGCCGCCGCUACAGUCACCGCGCCGACCGUUCUGUCUCUGCUCGACGCAGGCGGCGCCGCCUGCGUCGGAAGAACUGUCAUGGAUGAAAUGGCUUACAGCAUAAAUGGAGAGAAUGCGCAUUACGGCACACCUAGGAACCCCUGCGCCGAGGAUCGAGUGCCCGGAGGAUCAUCCAGCGGCUCCGCCGUAGCCGUCGCCGCAAUGCUGGCCGACUUUGCCUUAGGAACCGACACCGGAGGAAGUGUUCGAGUUCCAGCAUCCUACUGUGGGAUAUUCGGUAUCCGGCCUUCUCAUGGGAUCGUUUCAACCUCUGGAGUUAUCCCGAUGGCGCAGAGCUUCGACACUGUUGGAUGGUUCGCUAGAGAUCCAGCGAUCUUGAAUGGUGUUGGCAAGAUUCUGUUGCCAUCGAAAGAGGAUGACAAUGGCCCGGAGAAACUCGAUCGCUUUAUCAUUGCGGAAGAUUGUUUCGAGCUUCUGCAGAUCCCUUCCCAUCUACUGACAGAUAACGUCGUUGGCGCCGUACAGAAGCUGUAUGGAAGUCUGGCUGUACAAAGAUUACGGAUUGGGGAAUUCAUCGAGGCGAAUGUUCCAAGUUUGGAACAAUUCAUCGACAAAAGUAUUACGAAACAAGAGGGAAGUAUCCCGCGGUCAUUGGUGGCGCUUUCGCACUCCAUGAGGCUACUACAAAGGUACGAGUUCAAGAAGAAUCACGGUGGAUGGAUUCGUGCAGUCAAUCCCAAGUUUGGGCCGGGACUGAAGGAACGAAUAUGGGAAGCCCUUGAGGCAACGGAUGAAGGCAUAGACCUAUGCUAUUCGGUGAUGAGGGAACUUCGAGCAGCUUUAAGUGAUCUGCUCGGGGAAUUCGGAAUCCUGGCAAUGCCAACGGUUCCAGGGCCGCCACCGAAGCUACAGACAGAACCGAAGGAACUGGAAGCCUUCCGGGCAAAGGCCUUCAGCCUGCUGUCUGUUGCAGGGGUGUCCGGAUGUUGCCAGGUGAGCAUACCGUUAGGGAAGUACGAGGAUCUCCCGAUUGCAGUUUCCUUAUUGGCAAAACAUGGUUCUGAUGGAUUCUUGCUCAACUUUGUGGAAACUCUUCACAAAGCACUUCAGGGCCAUCACUCUUCCUCAUCCAGUUUGUAACUGGUCCUGAUCUGUAUCUGAAACUAGUUAUUCGAACCAAUACUAUGAAUAGAAUCUUGGCAUGAUUCUUGGACCAAGUUAGUUCUAUUGUACUAAAAUCUCCAACUGAGUCUGUGUUUUCCUUAUCCAAGAAACUUAAAGCUACACGAUUCGCAUA